AUAGGUUACAGAGGUUUAAUAACAAGAAAAUGGAACACGCAUAUUAUUCUCAAAAUUUCCCGGAUGAUAUGAAUGAUCAAAUCGAUGAGGAUGAUGAAGUCCCUCAAUUUGAUGAAGGAAACGAUAAAACAAACGAUGAAUUAUUAAUCGAUGCAGUUAGAGGAUAUCCUCAUUUGUAUGACACUUCUUUAAAAGAAUAUAAAGAUACAAAAAUAAAAGAGAAUUCAUGGAGGGAAAUCGCAUCACUUAUGAAUAUGUCAGUUGAUAAUUGUCAGACUCGUUGGCUACGUUUGCGUGAAAGGUUUAGCAAAGAACAACGUCUUCAAGAGAUAGAAAAUCGAAGUGGCAGUGCAGCUAGUCGUCGACCAAUAUUUAUUCUUUAUAACAACAUGAUGUUCCUUAAAAAAUUUAUUAGACGGAGAAAAUCAUAUACCAAUGUGGUUAAUUCGGUUAUUAAAAAAAAAGCAGUUGACAUAUCAAAUGUUUGUACCGAUAAGCACAAUUUUAGUAAAAAUACUUUAUUGCAUGCACAUGUAGACUCUUAUUCAAAUCUUUCUCUUAUUUCUGACAUUGUGCCCGAAGAAACACCGAAAACAAACUUUUCUCGUAAUCGGCAUUUUCAAGAAAUAAAUCAAUUACAAACUGCACAGAAUGCGGUAGAUCGUUCUAGCACUUUACAAGAGAUCAAUGCUAUUGAAACAGGCUCAUCUGAUCGAUCAUUACCACCAUUCCGAAGAUUUCAAACUGUACAGAAUGCGGUAGAUCGUUCUAGCACUUCACAAGAGAUCAACGCAAUUGAAACAGGCUCAUCUGAUCGAUCAUUACCACCAUUCCGAAAAUUUCAAACUGUACAGAAUGCGGUAGAUCGGCCUAACACCUCACAAGAGAUCAAUGCAAUUGAAACAGUCUCAUCUGAUCGAUCAUCAUCACUCCGAAGCGAAUCUCGCAAUUCUUUAGGUAAAAUAAAAAAUAAAAAUAUCUCACACUUGGAAUCGUCCAUUGUAUCUCUGAGUAAUACUCUUCAAAACCGGCUUGUUAAUCCACCGUGUCCUACUAACAAUAAUCACACUGAUUGGAAUUUAAAUAAUUUAACACCAGAGAAAAGCUUUGGUUUACUAGUAGCAAUAGAAUUAGAAAAAAUACCUGAGCCGGAAAAAUGUAAACGAAAACAAGCAAUUGCAGAGAUUUUAUGGAAACCAUGUAUACAAUAAUUUCAGUUAUUUGAAUGUUAUGUUUAAUGUGAUACUUGUUUUUUUUCAUGAUUUAUUAUGUGAUAAUUUGGCGCCUAAGA